AUCACUGUGAAGCAAGACAGUCAAGAAGAAAGUUCCGUCAUCGGGGCUGGUCUCAGAUUGAGAGAUCAUAUACUGUAUUUUCAGCUUUCCCUUCUACAUUUUUUUACAUUGAAGGGAGGAAGACUAUAGACCUUUUUGUAUUACUUGUUUCCCGGCUGAUACCUGGGAGGAACAAAGCAGAGGAUAAAAGGGCUCAGAAGACGGUGAGAUUCCUGUGAUUUCUGCGCUUUCCACCAGCACUGCUGUUCUCUGAGCCGAGCAGUAUUGCGUGUUGUGUUUGAUCUGAGGAGGCAGCAGCAGCAGUGAGAGACAGUGAGAGAGCACCGCGUCGUGAGCCAGUCAGCAUGCACAAACACCACCACUGCUGCAAGUGCCCAGAAUGCUAUGAGGUGACGCGCAUGGCUGCCCUCCGCAGAAUGGACGCCCCAGCGUAUGGAGACUGGCAACCAGAACCCUAUGGAUAUCCAGCCAGCUAUGGAGGUGGCCAGACCUUACCGCCCCAAACCUCGGGUGGAGGAGCAGGCAUGGGCGGAGGGGGCACACUGGGCAGAAGUAAAGGGAAAAAGAUGUCAGCCGGGGGCCCUGGAGGCCCUACUCCCAUGAGCCAGUCCAAGGGUGGCCCCAAGGUAAAUGGCAACAACUCGGGAGGGCAAGGUGGAUGGUGGCCAGAAUGCACCUGUACCAAUCGGGACUGGUAUGACCAGGCAAACCCUCCUCCCAUCAUUGUCAAUGCAGACUCACUGGAUGCAGGUCCUUAUGUGAAUGGGAGUGAUGGCAUGUAUAAAUAUGAAGAAAUCAUUUUGGAAAGGGGAAACUCUGGGCUUGGCUUCAGUAUUGCUGGAGGGAUUGAUAAUCCACAUAUUCCUGAUGAUCCAGGAAUCUUUAUCACUAAGAUCAUCCCUGGAGGUGCAGCAGCCAUGGAUGGAAGACUAGGUGUGAAUGAUUGUGUAUUGCGUGUAAAUGAGGUGGAUGUGUCAGAGGUGGUGCACAGCCGGGCCGUGGAGGCUCUAAAGGAGGCCGGCCCUGUGGUCCGACUGCUGGUGCGCAGGAGACAGUCUCCACCUGAAUCCAUCCUGGAGGUCAAUCUGCUCAAGGGACCUAAAGGUCUGGGGUUCAGCAUUGCUGGAGGUAUUGGCAAUCAGCACAUCCCUGGAGACAACAGCAUCUACAUCACAAAGAUCAUCGAAGGCGGAGCUGCACAGAAAGAUGGAAGGCUGCAGACAGGCGAUCGUCUGCUGGCUGUGAAUAACAUCAUCCUGCAGGAUGUGCGUCAUGAAGAGGCUGUUGCUGCACUGAAGAACACUUCAGACAUGGUCUAUUUGAAAGUGGCUAAGCCAGGGCCUGUGCACCUCAACGAUAUGUACGCACCUCCGGAUUACUCUAGCAGUCUCGCCCUCCCCCCAGCCUUCCCCACCAUGGUGGAUAACCACGUCAGCCACAACUCUAGCAUGGCAUACAUGGGAGCUAUGGAGCCCAAGCCUGUGUACCAGCCUCCUCAGGUCACCCCCUCACGAUAUUCGCCAGUGCCGCGGCACAUGCUGGGGGAGGACGACUUCACCAGGGCCGAGCCUAUUUACAGUGUCAUCCAAAAAGCUCUCAGCGAUAUGAGCCCCUCCUCAACCCACCUGUGCAGAGGGGGGGCUGGCAGGGAGCCACGGAAGGUUCUGCUGCACAAAGGCUCCACAGGACUGGGCUUCAAUAUUGUGGGUGGGGAGGAUGGAGAAGGAAUCUUUGUAUCGUUCAUCUUGGCGGGUGGACCAGCUGACUUGAGCGGCGAGCUUAGAAGGGGAGAUCGCAUCCUAUCAGUGAAUGGUGUGAAUCUGCGGAAUGCCACUCAUGAGCAAGCUGCAGCUGCGUUGAAGAGGGCUGGGCAAACUGUCACCAUUAUCGCCCAGUAUAGACCUGAAGAAUACAGCCGUUUUGAGUCUAAGAUCCACGACUUGCGGGAGCAGAUGAUGAACAGCAGCAUGAGUUCUGGGUCAGGUUCCCUACGCACCAGUGAAAAGCGCUCCCUCUAUGUCAGGGCUCUGUUUGACUAUGACCGUACCAGAGACAGCUGCCUACCCAGCCAGGGCCUGAGCUUCUCAUAUGGAGACAUAUUACAUGUCAUCAAUGCCUCUGAUGAUGAGUGGUGGCAGGCACGGCUCGUAACCUCCCAUGGCGAAAGUGAGCAGAUAGGGGUUAUUCCCAGCAAGAAAAGGGUGGAAAAGAAAGAGCGUGCUCGAUUAAAAACCGUCAAGUUUCAUGCUAGGACAGGCAUGAUUGAGUCCAAUAGGCAGCCAGUCAAAGUAAAGCGCAAAAAAAGCUUCAACCUGUCACGCAAGUUCCCGUUUUACAAGAGCAAGGAGAAUAUUGUGCAGGAGUUGGUGGAAUCUGAACAAUGUUUGACGUCUAAUACCAGUGACAGUGAGAGCAGCUCCAAAGGGCAAGAGGACACAAUCUUAUCCUAUGAACCAGUGAUCCGACAGGAGAUUCACUACACAAGGCCUGUGAUCAUCUUGGGUCCAAUGAAGGACAGGAUAAACGAUGACUUGAUCUCAGAGUUUCCCCAUAAGUUUGGAUCCUGUGUUCCACAUACAACUCGUCCGCGGCGAGAGAAUGAGAUGGAUGGGCAGGAUUACCAUUUUGUGGCUUCAAGAGAGCAGAUGGAGAAAGAUAUUCAGGACAACAAGUUCAUUGAAGCAGGCCAGUUCAAUGAGAAUCUCUACGGGACCAGUAUUCUAUCUGUUCGGGCAGUGGCUGAGAGGGGGAAGCAUUGCAUCUUAGAUGUGUCUGGGAAUGCUAUAAAGAGACUCCAACAAGCACAGCUCUAUCCUAUUUCUAUUUUCAUCAAACCAAAAUCCAUUGAUGCCCUAAUGGAAAUGAACAAGAGGCAGACAUAUGAACAAGCCAAUAAAGUCUUUGAUAAGGCAAUGAAGCUCGAACAGGAAUUUGGAGAGUAUUUCACAGCCAUAGUUCAGGGUGACUCACUAGAAGAAAUCUACAAUAAAAUCAAGCUGAUCAUCGAGGAGCAAUCAGGCCCCUACAUCUGGAUCCCGUCCUCAGAAAAACUCUGAGUGUGCAGCCUCCGUCCUCUGCACACACGCGGAGUAAUAUUCCAACCCCUGCCCUGCUCCAGCCCGAGUCCUCUCCUUCCCUUUUUACUGAAAUGUUUCAUAUCAAGUUUUAGUGUCAUCAUUAUGUUAACUCAAAUUAAAAGAAGUCUUAUCCCCUAUUACUGUGACUGUGCACACCCCUGCAUGAGUUUCUCAGCAAAUCCAUUCAAGACUAGGAAUUUCAUUACAAAUUAUUUUUGUCUGGUAAAACAAAAAGGGAAAAUGAACAAAUCACUUGUGUUUGGAUGGACUUCGGAAGCCAAUGUUUCAAGACGAAAGAGUGGGGUUUGGGAUUUUGGGUUUGGGAAGUUUCUUAGAAAUGCAGACUGACUGAAAAGCUGGAACCCUGUACAUGUUCACUGUUGCAUCGUAAAGAAAUGGAAAAUGCUGAUCAGAGACCAUCAAGGUUUUCUACAAGGACUAAACACAAACCAAACUUGCUGAAGGUACUGUUCAUGGAUCACUGACCAUGAUUAUAAAUUUGGUGGAGAAUCUUAGAACUUGGUGAUCUUCAGUAAUCACACAGCAGUUUGCUAUUUGGCUGGCUGCUCCUGCCAGUUGCUCAAGAGACCACUGAAGGCAGAACAAAUGGAAACCAGAAUAUGAAUCUAUACAUUUAUAUUACUGAAAUCACAUGGUAAAUAAAAAUCCUAUGGAGAUUUUACUACAUAAUAUUAUACUAUGGUACACAUUUUACACUUCACUAGAAUUGUCUAUUUGGAGGGCUGUUAGAGUUUUGUCUUGGUUUUUUGUGUUUCCUCUUUCCACAUUUUUUUAGCUGCUCUUUAUUAAAGAUGGAAUAGAGGGGUGUAACUGGGCUCUCUGCAGAACACCAAACUGCCUUACAAUUAAUACAAUUAGUUAAUUCUGAGGGGAAGCUACAAAUUACUCAACCGAUCAGUGCUUAAUAGAAAACUCGAUCAAACUCAUGUUCUGAGUUUUCUGCCUAGUUUUGGAGGCCUAACUUGUGAGUGCAAUAGACUUAAGUGUCUUACCUCUUUGAAAUCCUUGUUUCAUCAUUGCUUAUCUUUUAGUGACUAAUUUUUGAAUAAUGAUUUUGGCAGCCAAGGCUCCUCUUAAGCUAUUGAACAGCAGCUAGCCCAUUUGCACUUUCUCAACCUAAGUCUCUUCGCUUCAGACUGAACGGUAACAUGGUACUGUCCUGUAUGCUGCCCAACUGGGAAGCCUUAAAACGGGUAGAACUAAGACAAAAAUUGUAUUGGAUGUCCUUCUCAAUAUUAAAAGUCAAUAGAGCCUGGAUUGGCCUAAGUUCCCUAGACCUGCCAGAUGUUUUCAUUAAAGGUGUUUGGGAUUGUUUUAUAUAUUUUUUUCUUUAUAUUUUGGGCUGAUGUGACUUCUGUGGUUAUCAUUGUAGCAGGAUUGAGCUCAGAAAUCUGGUGAUUUCAUGUAAUUUUGCAGUAAAAUGGCAGCAGAGGUAUGAUGGAAACUAGAAUAUUCCCUAAAAUGAAUAUAUGUCUGAGCAUCUACUGAAGCUAAGUUGUUAUUUUUAGGAUUGUCCCUCACUAUUUACCAUGCCUUGGGAUCAGUGCACCUGUGGUGAACCUACUGUACAUAGUCUGA